AUGGCCGCGAACAAGAGUAAUCGGGCUAGCAGCCUAGCGAAAUCUACCGGCGAGAUAUUCACUAGGAAAUGGCCGCGCUUAUUCUUCCUCGUUGCUGCUAUACAAGCCGUUAUUGUAAUCGUCUUUGAGGCAUACGCCUUUGCUCAGUUUCAAACUGGUCUUAAACACCUGAGGACUGUAGAAGACUGGGGUUCAGAAGAAAAGCGUGAAGAUGGCAUGGCUCAAAUAAGAACCAUCCCAACCUUCCUCGGCCUACUAAUCCUUGGCUUCCUAUACGAUGUAGUGUUAGCUUGGGAUGCACUGCGCAUGAAGAACACAAUUCAAGUCAUCGGUCUCUGCGUCGCCAACCUUGCUCUUCUCAUCUAUAGCGCCCUCCAAAUUGACCAGAUCCACGUCGCCAUUACCAAACUGAAGGGGUAUAAUGCUUUCGAAGACCUCAACGUAUGGGAAGAAGUCCAAGGUGUUCUCAUCGCCAUGCCGUGCAUCAUCGCCCUCGCCAGCGUUGGUCUAAGUUUCAUUGCUUGGAAACUUUACCAGGAAUUCGCCUGGGAUAUCCUGAAGCAUAUAGGAGCCGACUACAGGAUGAAGAAGCGAUUCCUGCACUACCAGGUCUACAUUGCUCUUUUGAAAUUCGAUUUCUUCUUCUUUGUCGGUUUCACUAUCCAGUUCCUAGUCGUGGUCGGAGGCAAGACAACUACCGAAUUCAGCCUAACUGCUGCUGCUAUCCCUAUCACUAUCGUCAUUCUCCUCUGUGCGGCAUUGUUUACGCGACGGGAGUGGAAGCUAGGCAUGAUCGUUAUCAUGAUCCUCUAUCUCGGCGGUCUUACGUAUUUCAUCUACAAGCUUGAGCGAAUCUUCGAUCCUUACGAAUCCAAGUAUUACCUACCUGUUCGCAAAUCUUUGACGACGUUUGCAGUACUCACUAUCGUCUUGAUCAUUCUGACCAUCAUCAACGCUCUGGUCUGUAUGUUCAACUUCGGUGCCGGUCUAAAGCAGCACCUCAAUGCUCCUCGAGAGGAGAUCGAUAAGGACCAAGCCAGUUAUUCCAUGCAUGAUGUCAAACAGCCGCAGCUGCCGAGCAGAAUGACGAUCGACUAG